UCGUAAAAACGAUAUUGGACAUAGGAUAUUGUUUAAACGAUGCCUGAAACGCCCGUCAUUAAUAACUCCUUCUGAGUCGUCGAGGUGCACAAUUGCCUCGUUUCUGGUUUUCGUGUGAGUCAGUGUGUGCUUCUCCUAAUUAAUACGCGGAGCUGCUUUCUGUGUAUCGACCAUCUUUACAAAGAUUAUUAUCAGUAUUGUUUACUACACCCCGAGUGAUGCAGUCAAGCAGUGAAAUGGGCAAAGAAAUGAACUCAUCACCUGAGCCUGAUGCAGAUAACGGGCAACAACUGUUUCCAGGUGCUUAUAUUUCUCCAAUACCUACUACAAGAAAGGGUUUUACCAAAAAUAAUCCUUUAACACCAAAUCAGCCAAAGCAUAGCACUCCUGACGAAGGGGAUCGGCGUCCCGACCACACAGUUAUCUCAAACAGUCGUUCAGAAGAAAGUCUGGAAUCUCAGAAUGCAACGACUAGAAUACGAAAUACGACAUAUAUUAUUUGUAGAACCCACGAACGUGAUCAACCGUCCUUACAGAUGGACAAAACAAACGACACUUCGAUAGAUGUUCCAGAGAAAAUGGAAUUAAAUAAAACGUAUGUGAUCAAAAGAAGCCAAGAUUAAACCAAAAAAAUACGCGAAUAAGAGUAUUAUUAUUAUUUUGAGUGUAAUGUACAAAAACUUUAUUUUAACACCUUAUAAAACUUUGAAUAAUUUUGUAAAUAAAUAAACCUCUUGUUUUCAGUCA